AUGCUCGUAGGCCAUGCCAAACCGGGUGGCAGCAGCAGCGGUGUCUCGAAGGAGACCCGCGAACUCAUGGCUCGGCGUCGCGCUGAGCUAGAAGCCGCCGUCCGAGAUGAGGAGCGCGUACACGUUCAGGGCCGCUACGUGACGGAUAAGAAUGCCCUGCGCAACAAUGAAACACGGCGUCGAGAACGCCUGAAUCGCCAGGCCUCAAAGAAACUUGCUCAUGCCAGCCUCUAUCAGCGGUGGGAGUCAGAAGACACAGGUGUAGAGUUGGAGGAACGCGAAGUAGCGGACCGCAUCACACAGGAGGAUAUUGUGCAAGCCGUGGACCUCCAGACCCAGAACAAAAGGUAUGAGCUCCAGCUCGACAAGCUAGGACCUUAUAAAAUCAACUUCACAGCGAACGGCACACACUUACUACUCGCUGGGCUACGUGGUCACCUCGCGAACAUUCGCUGGAAGUCGUUUCAGCUUGAAGGAGAGACCCAACUUAAAGAUAAGCUCAACGAUGCGAUUUUCCUAGUAGACCACACGAUGACCGCUGUAGCACAAAAAAAGUACGUCUACAUGUAUACCAAAGAGGGAACCGAGAUGCAUAUUCUCUCAAAGUUUGCACACAUGGACCGGCUAUGUUAUUUGUCUAAGCACAUGCUACUCGCGGCGACCUCGUCUGUCUACAGCGUGAUGCAAUACCUUGACAUCAGUACCGGGGUUGAGUUGGGCUCCAAGGCCCCGGCUGUUAUGCGGGAUCCAGCCUCCUGUCUGGGGGUGAACCCUAGCAAUGGCGUAGUGGCGUCCUGUGAUCUGCGUGGCGUACUGAAGUUUUGGUCCCCGACCGUCGUCGACCCACUUGUGCAACUUAAAGCCCACAAAGGUGUCAUCGAGGACAUCUGCUUCCAUCCCAACGGACGGUUCUUCUUGACGCUUGGGGGCGACCACAAGCUCAAAGUGUGGGACUGCCGGACCCUCCGCGCGCUGGAGGAGUACGCCAUCACCUACGACUUCCACACGAUGGACAUCUCCGCCAAGGGGCACGUUGCAUUGGGUGGGGGCACCAAUAUUCAAAUCUGGCGGGACAUGUUCACACCGAAAAAGCCCAACGCCCCAUAUAUGAAGUUCGGCCUUGGGUACGGUAAGAUUGCUCAUCAGGUGAAAUUCUGCCCGUUCGAAGAUGUCCUGGGUGUGGGACACUCCAAGGGAUUCACCUCGCUGUUGAUCCCAGGUUCUGGCGAACCGAAUCCAGACUUUUUCUAUGCUAACCCGCACGAGACCGACCGUCACCGCAAGGAGCGCGUGGUCACGAAUUUGUUAGACAAGCUCCCGCCGGACACCAUAUCGAUGGAUGUGCAGAUUGCUGGUGUCGAUGAGGCACGCCUCGCUGAGUACACGGAAAACGUCCGCCUCAACCGCAAGGCGAGGGCGAUUCGCGAGAAGAAGCAGCGUCGGGCCGACCGACAGGUAGCCGACGCCGCGCCGACGGGGCUGCAGGUCGGUCACGACGAGGAGGUCGAUGAGGAUCUCGGCUACAAGGAGAGACCCGCGACGCGGGAUCUCAAGACGAAGCAAGAGAAGGCGAAGGAGCGGAAGAUGCAGCGGUGGGACAAGAAGGAUAGCACGGAUAAGGUGCGCAGCAAGCAGACCAUGCGGCAGUCUCGCCUUGUGCAGCAAAAACGUAUGCAACGCAUGCGUGAGGGGCGGUACGGCAAGUAUGAUAAGGAUGAUCUGAAUGAUGAGGAGGUGGCGGCUCUAGAGGAAGAGGCCAAUAAGCGGAAGCAACAAGAGAAGCGGCGGCGGAAGGAAGCCGAACACGCUGCUGACGAUAUACGAGAACUCAUGCGGAUGCAGAGCGGAAAAUCACAAAGGCAGGUCCGGCGCACGCGAACAGAAGCAGGGCUAGAGAAAAGGGGUGGUAGAGAGCAAAGUGAUAAUAUGGAGAGUGAUGCCACUUUCUCUAAUGCAGCGCUUAAGCGCCUUUUGUAG